GAUGAUGCUGACGAGAGAGAGCGCGGCGCUCGUACAUUUUUAUGAGACACCACCGUCCACCGCAAUUCUGAGUCGUAGGCUAUAGAACAGGAAACGCACUGGAAAUGUAACGAUGGAUAGAUAAUCUCGAUCGUUUGGCAUUGCUAGGACAGCAAUAACGAACGACAGCGGACAGACAGCGUGCGAAAUUUGUCAAAGGUGAGACUGAGCGCAGUAAUGAUUCACGAAGGAAAUAUCCUGACUACUUAUCCUCCUCAUCUGAUGCUGAUGAUGGUGCUAUAAACGCAACCUGCGUGAUUUUCCUACUGGGCAGCAGCAGCUAAUGCUUCACUUUGUUUGAAAUUCAGCCAGCGACAGAAUGAUAGAGGAGGGCAGUAAACGAGGCAAAGCGAUGGUGGAGAAGAGACAACUCUUCAUGGAGAUGAGGGCACAAAACUUUGACGUCAUCAGGCUGUCAACCUAUAGGACGGCCUGCAAGCUAAGAUUUGUCCAGAAGAGAUGCAACCUUCACUUGGUGGAUGUGUGGAACAUGAUUGAGGCGUUCCGUGAUAGCGGUCUGAACACGCUGGACCACAACGCAGAGAUCAACGUGUCUAGACUGGAGACGAUCCUAUCCUCGAUCUAUUACCAGCUCAAUAAGCGUCUGCCCACCACACAUCAGAUCAACGUAGAGCAGUCCAUCGGCCUGCUGCUCAACUUCAUGGUGGCCACAUACGACAGUGAAGGCCACGGGAAACUGACCGUUUUCUCGAUGAAGUCCAUGUUGGCAACCAUGUGUGGAGGGAAAAUAGUGGACAAACUACGUUAUAUAUUCUCCCAGAUCUCUGACUCUAAUGGUGUGAUGGCCUUUGCUAAGUUUGACCAGUUUCUGAGGGAGGUUCUAAAGCUGCCCACAGCUGUGUUCGAGGGCCCGUCGUUUGGAUACACAGAACACUCCGUACGGACAUGCUUCCCUCAACAGAAGAAGAUCUUGCUGAACACUUUUUUGGACAUUUUGAUGGCAGAUCCUCCUCCUCAGUGCCUCGUGUGGCUACCUCUCAUGCACCGGCUCGCUAAUGUUGAAAAUGUCUUCCAUCCCGUGGAAUGUUCCUAUUGCCGGAGUGAAAGUAUGAUGGGGUUCCGUUACCGGUGCCAACAGUGCCAUGGCUACCAACUCUGUCAGAGCUGCUUCUGGCGUGGCCAUGCCAACGGUCCCCAUAGCAACCAGCAUCAAAUGAAGGAGCACUCCUCUUGGAAGUCUCCGGCUAAAAAGCUGAGCCACGCCAUCAGUAAGUCUCUGGGCUGUGUCCCCAUUGGAGAGCCACCUCAUCCAAUGUUCCCUGAGCAGUCUGAGAAACCGCAGGACACCAUGGCCCACACUGUUCAGCCGAAGCCAGUGGCCAACAAUAUGAACAACACAAUGCUCAUGUCGUCUGGGGCACCUACUCCUACUAAAAGUGUCUUGGAGAGUCCCAGCAGGCUAGACGAGGAGCAUCGUCUGAUUGCUCGCUACGCAGCGCGCCUGGCAGCUGAGGCAGGCAACUCCACAGUGAGUAGCUCCACACAAUGUCCUCCAACAGAUCUGAGUUUCAACUUUGAUGCCAACAAACAACAGAGGCAGCUAAUAGCAGAACUAGAGAACAAGAACAGAGAGAUCCUUCAGGAGAUCCAGCGACUGCGUCUGGAGCAUGAGCAGGCCUCCCAGCCCACCCCCGAGAAGGCCCAGCAAAACCCCACACUGCUGGCCGAACUCAGGCUCCUUAGGCACAGGAAGGAUGAGCUGGAGAGGCGCAUGUCAGCCCUACAGGAGAGCAGACGGGAACUGAUGGUCCAGCUCGAGGGACUGAUGAGGCUACUCAAGGAUGAGGAGCAGAAGCAGGCAACCCAGACAGGAGGCUCACCCCACUCUUCCCCCAGCCAUGGGGCAGGCUGCUCCAUGCCCAUGCCCAUCCGCUCCACCUCAGCUGGGUCCACCCCCACCCACACACCCCAGGACUGCCUGGCCGGGGUGGGGGGGGACGUGCUGGAGGCCUUCGCUCACGGUGUACCUAGAAAUCUUCGUAAUGAUCUGUUGGUCGCUGCAGAUUCAAUCACAAACACCAUGUCAUCACUCGUCAAAGAACUCCACUCAGUAGAUGAUGCUGCAGAGGAAGAGGACAACAACAUGAGGAACGGAGGCCUAAGGGACAGGGCCGAGGCAGAAUGAAAGGAGUGGAAAAGGCACAGUGAGAGAAGUAAAGCAUCGAGGGAGCAACAACCACUCCAUCUAUACCGGAUGUCAGACUGGACAUGACUGGAAAAGAGGAAUCCAAAUGAGAAUCAGUCACAACAACCAAACCCUUCUAUCAGGCAUAAGCACGUAGAGUAAUGCAUGCUGUUAUCAAACAGGAUUUCACUGUGUGAACUACUAUCAAACAUGUUUAUUACACCUUGCUGCGGAAAAAAGCAAGAUGCUUCUAUUAGCGAGUGUAUAUGUUGUUCUGUAUAAAAACUUAAAGCUGUAAUUAUUAUGUAUUGAUUGAUUCCCCUCAUCAUGACUGCAACGGUCAAAGGUCUAAAGGAGUGGCUUGCUGUGCUUUCUCUCAACCCGUAUUGUCAAUAACAGACCAUUCUGUGUGCAUACCAAAUGGCACCCUAUUCCCUAUAUCGUGCAGUACUUUUGACCAGUGCCCUAUAGGCCCUGUUCAAAAGUAGUGUACUAGAUAAGGAAUAGAGUGCCAUUUGGAACGCUGUCUCUCUAUCUGUAUAUACUGUACACAUUAUACAUGACCUUGGGAACACAGCACUGACCACGACCUGAAAGCAACCUAUUUUCAUGAUGAUGAUAUGUUCCCUAGCCUUCAUUGCUUUUGUAUCAUUAGAGACGGCUAGCUAGUAUGUUUUCAUUAGGGGUUUUGCAUGAAGUUGCACUGUCCUGAGUCUGACUGGGUGUACUGUAGGUAGGUAGGUAGGUAGGUACCAUGUUAUGCCAGCUCUUUGUGGGUUUAUCAGUGUUUCUCAACCUGUGUUCGGCGGGCCAGCACGGGUCCUAAUGAUGUUGCUGAUCGGUCCCUCAGCUAGUGAGCUGAAACUGAUUUAGUUAGUUCUCAAGUGCUAGUUUUAAUCUAAGUGGUCUUCAUUGGAGGAAGGGCUGUAGCUGGUCCUUGCAGUUCCCUGGUACAAAAAAGGUUGAGAAACGCUUGGUUCUAAUGACUGCUAGGAUCUGUAGUCCUGUAUAUUGUCAUGCCUCCGAGUUCACAUUGGUCGUGCCCCAAAUGGCACCCUAUUCCCUAUAUAGCGCACUACAUUUGACCAAGGCAUAUAGGGCUCUGGUCAAAAGUAGUACACUAUAUAGGGAAUAGGGUGUCAUUUAGGACAGCCUGAGUCACAUACUGCUGCUACUGCGUGCUCACUCUAUGUCGUGAGACACCCUUGCAAAAAUAUGAGGGCUGUUUGUUUGUUUGGUUAAAGGGAGCCUAGUAUGGGGGCUAUUGUUGUCAAUGCUAAACGUUUAAUUUCAUCAGGGAAUCGUCCCUUUGUUAUAAACAGAUUUAUUAUUCUCCUCGUUUUGUCUCAAUAAAAAAUUAACUAAGCGAGAGAAGCUAGUAAAUGCAUCUUAAAGAGCAUUAAAACUGCAUGGGCCUUCGUCCCUAAUUCACUAACUAGUCACUCAGUAGUAACAGUAUUUAUUGUCCACGUAAAGUAAAGAGACGGAGAGCAUCUCAGGACGGUAGUUUAAAUGAAUAUUAUUAUAUUGUGUGCUCUUUCGUUCAAAUAUGUUGAGUUACAACAUAUCCACCUAUACACCUGUACGUAGGUGAGGACGGGCGGUACAGAAAUCAAAGUUAUGCACAGAUAAGAGUUGAUUUGAUAGCUUUAUUUAGUUAAAAUAAAUGAGGACUGGAACAUGUUUAUGUGAGAGUUAAUAGAUAGGUGCUCAGGGACUGUAGAUGGAAUGUGGUGGUGGCUGGUUUGCAUCCCAAAUGGCACCCCAUUCCCUACAUAGUGCACUACUUUUGACCAGGGCCUAUUAGCCCUGGUCAAAAAUGGUGCACUAUAUAGGAAAUAGGAUGCCAUUUGGGACGCAUGUUCUGUGUGGUUAACGAUUAUGAGUCAGUAGCCUGGGCCCUAAUGGGCUCCAGACCUGUGUCUGUAGGGGUCAGAGACUGAUCAUAAAAGAGCCUGAAGGGUAGCAGACAGCAAACCUGUGUCUCAAUAAUCUGGCUUUCUCCAAAAAUGUGCACUCAAGCACUCUUCCACACACAUUGAAAAGCAUUGAAUUGGUGUGAGCAUAGACUAAAGUAGAAUUUCCACCAUAUGUAUUAUAUCGGUUCAUUCCUUUUAAAUAAACUGAGUGUACAAAACAUUAGCGACACCUUCCUAACAUUGAGUCGCACCCCCACACACCUUUCGCCCUCAGAACAGCCUCAAUUUGUCAGGGCAUGGACUCUACAAGGUGUCGGAAGCAUUCCACAGGGAUGCUGGCCCAUGUUGUGUCAAGUUGGCUGGAAGUCAUUUGGGUGGUGGACCAUUCUUGAUACACACUGCAAACUGUUGAGCAUGAAAAAAAAACCAGCAGCGGUGAAGUUCUUGACACACUCAAACCACUGUGCCUGGCAUGUAACAGAUGUUAAUCGUACUCUCCUUGCAUUGCGUUUUGUUCAAAGAAAUCACCCCAGCCAGUGGUCCCAGUUGGGCAUCAUUUAUUAUCUGUAGUUAAAUAGGAAACAGCACAUUAGUAGUGCAGGGCUUAAUGAUGUUGAUGGCUGUCAAUGGUAAAAUCCCUUGCAUCAUAUUUUCAUACUGGGCAUUAACAAAAUACACCAAUAUAAUACAAAAUAUAAUGUGUAACUACCUGUGAUUAAGUAGGAAAUGGCAUGCUAGUUGUGUAGGACUUAAUGAUGUUGAUGGCUGUCGAUGGUUAAAUCUGUAGCAUGAAAACAACUGUGUUAGCAGUGAGUUUAUGUGACCGUAACAUCGGUGCAUGCUAGCUAACACAGAAAACAUAUACCAAAGCACAUCCCAGAAAGCCCCCCAUCCCUAACAGGUACCAUAUACCCACACAUGUAUACAUCAGAAAUGUACAGCAAACUUGUACACAUUGUAAAAUAUAAAUGGAAAACAGUAUUCAGAACGUGACCAACCCCUUACAUCACAUUUUCAUACUGGGGAGACCUGACUUUCGCGAUCUCCCCCUAUCUGCAAGAGGGGCCAAUAACAACAUUGUCAUCAGAAUUGAACCAACCAAUAAGAAUGAUUGCACAUUAAAUACACAUUUCUUUAGAGGCCAGUGGAAACAUAACCAACUCUGUUACACCUGGCACCUACUACCAUACCCCAUUCAAAGGCACUUAAAUAUUUUGUCUUGCCCAUUCACCAUCUGAAUGGCACACAUACACAAUCCAUGUAUCAGUUGUCUCAAGGCUUAAAAAUAUGUUUUUUUAACAUGUCUCCCCCCCUUCAUCUACACUGAUUGAAGUGGAUUUAACAGGUGACAUUAAUAAGGGAUUGUAGCCUUCACCUGGAUUCACCUGGUCAGUCUAUGUCAUGGACAGAGAAGGUGUUCCUAAUAUUUUGUGCACUCAGUCUACAUGUAGGGCAGUGAACAAUUGCUUACUUCAGGAGAAAGGACAUAUUAUUGGGACAUAGGGCAAGUCUAGUGUUGGCUAAGAAUGUUGAAUGACUUAGAAGAGAGAAAUAGGAGGCUAUUGCUGAAGUGCUAAUUUUGACUGAGCAUGUUGUUUUUGUGAAUUAUUGUCUGAUUUGGCAUAAGAACAGCUAUAUAGUAGCUACAGGUUUAGCGACAGAGGUGGACUGGAAAAGGAUACCGACUUACUUGAAUCAGGAGAAUAUUAGGUCCAAUAAAACACAUGUCUUCUGGUUGAUGGAACUUUCUGCUGUUCAGGAGUUCCAUGUGUCUCUGAAAACAAUCACUGACAUGGAUAACUUCAUAACAAAUGUUAGGCUUAGCAAUCUGAAACAAUAAAUGGUCAGAUAGUGAAGAGUAGGGUUUGGUUCAGUUUGGUUUGUCAUGAUGUAACAUGACAAUAACAUAUGAAGGAUAAUAAUUGGACCAGAAUGGUAAAAAGUCAAUGAUAUGGUACCAAACACUGGUUAAGCAAUGACCUGUACGGAAUUUGUACUUUGAGGACUACAUUUUGCAUUGAUAUGAUGUGUACAGUACAGACAGCCUAUCCUAUCAGCUAGGUACAAGGUCUUACCAACCUAUUACACUGUGUUGAAAAAUAGAAGAACAAAAGAGUUUCUCCUUUGUAUCCGUUGUUCUAAAUGUGAUGUUUUUCAUUUGGUUAUUCAUUUGACAUGAUGUUAUCAUUCUGGGUGUUAUUCUAGUUUGCUUGUGGAAUUGAAUCAUUGAUAAUGAUUUAUCGAAACACAUCUCAUUCAAGUGAGCACUUGUCUUGCACAUCAGUUAGUUGCCUAAAUGAUUAAGAGGUUAUUAUAUGAAACGGUGACCAAUAUACUGUAACGUACAGCACAACAUUGUAAAAUACAAAACAUAGAAGUUAUAACUAAUACAGAUUAAGUCUGAGGGUUUAACAUUUUGUUUCCUCUAUACAACAAUGUAUAUUCAAGACCUAAAGGAAAAUUGAAUUACUGAGAUAGAACCUUUGGAAAAGUGAAUAAUUGUAUUCUCUCUUCACUCCGGUCACAGAUAGGAAUGCAGUGUUAUGAUUUGAGUUUGUGCCUAGAUGUUCUGUAUAAAGUACUGUAUAAAGUACAACCCAUUCAUGCAGAUAUAAGAAUAUCAGUCAGCCUUUUAAGUAGGAGUUUUAGUCUAAGUCUGUGACCAUGUGGAAAAAGUUUAUUUAUGUAUUGUUGUUCAGGAGGGAAGGUAGUACACUUUUAUUCAGCCUUUACAUUUGUGCCAAAAUGUUUGCAGACUUUGUGUGUCAUCAUACAGAUAUAUCUACAUUCUAUAUGUUGUUGUUGUUGAUGUCCAAAUUUUGUCAUGAUAUAAUCGAGACCGCCCACAUUUACAUGGUCUUCCUUAAUUAAAAUGUAGAAUCGUUACAAGUUCUAGAGCUAUCAACAGUUCUAGAACCAUCAACCGUUCUAGAGCUACCCACCGUUCUGGAGCUACCAAACAGUUCUAGAGCUACCAACCAUUCUAGAGCUACCAACAGUUCCAGAGUUAUCCACCAUUCUAGAGCUAUCAACAGUUCUAGAACCACCAACCAACCAUUCUAUAGCUACCCCAAAUUCCUGAGCUACCAAGAGUUCUUAAGCUACCAAGAGUUCUAGAGUGAUCUUCUAGCCAACAGAGGCAAUAGACAGGUACAUACAGCACUUUGUGAUCAUGUUUUUUUGCAUAGAGAAAAUGUGCAAGAUGACGAACCACAAGCUUCCCUAAAUGUUAUUUAUCUAUCUCUGUGUUAUGUACUGUUAUGCUUCUGGUAUGCAUUUGUUUCUCAUGUUCAUUUUUAAAACAUGGUUUUAUGUCACAUGACCACUGUCUUUUGUAAAUAAAAUGAAUAAAUUGUGAAAUAUAUUAAAAGAUUGAAACGCUUGA